AAGAUCUUGUGAAAUGGCAUAUACAAGUGAAAUCAAUGUGAGAAACAGAUAUUGUUCAAGUUCAUAUUAUGAUUUGUUUGCGGGUAUUUCUCACUCUCUCACACACACACGAAUACACAUACACACCCAGACUCCUCCACAUCGCAAUGACAAAGGUACUGUAAGUGGCGCGGGGCAAUAAAUAAAAAAAACACGUCGACUCGAAGAAGAAAAAAAAAAAACGUUCGAAACGCAACGAAUUCAACUAUAUGUGUGUUCAACACAUCUAGCUAACGUUAUCAUUCAGUGCACAAUAUUUCUGACCCUAUUCAUCGUAUAUUCGUUUCGUCAAAUCGAAAUUUCAAUUUGAAGCAUGCUAAAAACGACAUUAAUCAGCACAAGAGUGUUUGCAUUGUUUCUGUUUGUUUUUUCUCUAUCGCAUGCGAGCACAUGCUGCUUUCUCUCUAUCUCCCCCUCUCGCACGCUCACAUUCGCGCCUUUUGUGUGUCGUCCGUUUUCAUUGCUGCUCAUAUUCCGUUCUACGAAUAAUGAAAGGAAAGAACACAGAAAUUUUUUUAAAAACUUACACAUCGACACAAUAAAUACACACUGGAAUGAGGUAAGUAUAUGAGAGAGAGCGAGCAAACGCGCGCGAGCGGUUUGUCGGUUUUUCAGUCAGCGCAAAUUUUUGACUUUUGAAAUAUUUACUUGGAGUAUGUAUACAAAAAAUGAUCGCAUCAGUUAACAUAUGCCCGUUGUGUUGAUCAGUAUCGUGUUUUGUUGGCUAUUUUGUUUUGUUUUAUUUUUUGUUUUUUGUUCACUUCUUUGAAUGAACCCCGACGGACAAUGUACUUUUGCGAAACUUUUCGAUCAAUGCUAACAAAAUGAAUAAUCAUCGUUUUGAUACAACACUCUGACCAAAGUAAAAAAAAAAAAAAAAAAAUAAAGAAUACAGAUCAGAUCGGUUGAGUGUUAAUUUUGUGUGUCACACAUCGAAAAUACACAAAACAAAAAUAAGAAACACAUCGACAUCGAGAAAAUUGUGUGCAUUUGAUCGUAUUGACAAGCUUUUUCGAACUGUGUGUAAAGAAAAAACCACAAAAAACAAAAAAAGAACGAGCACCGAACGAAUUAUUCAAUUAACGGCUCGUUAGAAGUUCAGGAUGUCACACAGAAUAUAAUGUUCUUAAGAUGCAACGGCCGAACUAAAAAAAAUUAAAGAAAAAAAAAAAUCAAAUAAAAUGGAAGAACAGUCAAGCUAACGAUUAGUCGUUGUACACACAUAAAAAUAAAUUCGUUAAAAGUGAAAUAAAGUUUUGAGUGUAAGUCAAUUGUGUGUGUAUAAGUAAAUAUCCUAAUGGAUCCGAUUAAGAUAAUCGUUACAAAUUCGGAUACAACGUCCACAACACCAAUUAACUCCCAUUAUCAACUAGCUCCAAAUGAAAUUGGAUCAAACGAAGCGAAAUCAUUUGAUGAUAUUACUUAUAGUGCACCAAAUAUAAAAUCGGCCAAACGAUGGAAUUUACCGCCACUGAAACUGAGCACGAGCGAUCACAACACGUUUAGUGUACACAAAAAUGAAGACAACGACCGAAGCGAUGAGUUUGAGAGUAAAAAACCAUUGCUGAACACCUUGCUUGGCAAAUCGUAUUUAUCGUCACAGUCAACAACAUCAUUAAAUUCCGGAAAGAAAGUGAAAAUUUUACCAUCAUCGUCAUCAUCUCGAAUCCCAGCCACGGUUGCAGGUAGCCAAGUGGAAACCAAAGACGGCUCAUUGAUGCCAACAACACACCUAACUACAUCGUAUACAUCACCACAACCGUUGCAUACAUUAUUAUCGUUGCCACGAACAAAUUCCUUCGUAUUCGGUGAUUGCAAUGGAUCGGGCAAAUUAUUUUCGGAUGCAACAUCGAUACGAUCGUUGGCAUCAAUCGGCAUGGGAUCGACCGAUGGUCGCAAAAUGAUCAUUCGACGCGUCCCAAACACACCUGCCGAACUAUUGAGCAUUGUCAGUCCACCUGCUGUGCCCGAAUUUGAUGAUCGCGAUGAUAAUAUAGCUGACGAUGAAUCGGAUAUUGGUCACUUGAAACCAAAGCGUCAACAAUGGUCCAGUAAGAUGCAAUUUGUGCUGGCGUGUGUCGGCUAUUCGAUUGGAUUGGGAAACGUUUGGCGGUUUCCCUACUUGUGCUAUCAAAGUGGCGGAGGUGUAUUCUUAGUACCAUACUUUAUAAUACUGUUCGUGUGCGGUAUUCCGAUGCUGUUCAUGGAAUUGGCUGUGGGCCAAUACACGGGCAGGGGACCGAUUGGCGCGAUCGGACAGCUGUGUCCGUUGUUCAAGGGAGCUGGAAUGGCUAGUGUUGUGGUUUCAUUUAUUAUGUCCACAUAUUAUAGUGUGAUAAUAGCAUAUGCUAUCUACUACUUUUUUUCUGCAUUCAGACCCGAAACACCAUGGCUAGACUGUAAACAAAGAUGGGCAACACCGGAUUGUUGGAUACCCGCACGAUUAGAAAUGAAUAUGACUAGACCAAUUGAUUCGCGAACACCAUCCGAAGAAUUUUUUGAGAGAAAAGUUCUUCAAAUGAGUCAAGGUUUAGAGUAUCCGGGUGCAAUGCGUUGGGAUUUGGUGGCAUGUUUGAUGUGCGCUUGGAUCUUGGUGUACUUUGCCAUUUGGAAAUCAAUAAAAUCAUCAGCAAAAGUGCGAUAUUUUACGGCGACUCUACCUUUCAUUUUGAUUAUCAUUUUUCUGGGGCGUGCUGUCACAUUGGACGGAGCACAGUUUGGAUUACGAUAUUUCUUCCGACCAAAUUGGUCGGCGCUCGCCAAUGCAAAUGUUUGGAUCAAUGCGGCCGCUCAAAAUUUCAAUUCGCUUGGUAUUGCGUUCGGUUCGAUGAUUUCGUUUGCCAGUUACAAUAAAUACAACAAUAAUUUCCUUCAUGAUACGCUGGCCGUAUCGUUUGUCAAUGGAAUCACCAGUUUGUUGGUGGGCAUCUUUGCAUUCGCCACCAUCGGAAACAUUGCCCUGGAACAAAAUACAAAUGUGGAAGAUGUCAUUAGCGAUGGACCCGGUUUGAUUUUUGUCGUUUAUCCACAAGCAAUGUCCAAAAUGCCAUUGGGCCAAAUGUGGGCUGUUCUAUUCUUCUUCAUGCUACUCUGUCUCGGUUUAAACAGUCAGUUUGCAAUCGUUGAAGUGGUAGUUACAUCAAUUCAAGAUGGUUUCCCGAAUUGGAUCAAAUCAAAACUGGUUUACCAUGAGCUGUUGGUUUUGAUUGUGGUCAUAGUGUCAUUUUUCUUCGGUUUACCGAAUUUGAUACAGGGUGGCAUAUACUAUUUCCAGUUGAUCGAUCACUACGCAGCUUCUGUAUCGAUAAUGUUUUUAGCCUUCUUCCAAAUAAUAGCAAUUUCGUGGUUCUACGGCGUGUCUCGACUUUCGCGCAACAUCAAACAAAUGACUGGUAAAGUGCCAUCACUCUACUUCCGUUCAUGUUGGCUCAUCAUCGGACCAUCUUUAUUAUUUGCAUUGGGGAUAUUUAGUUUGUUCAGUUAUGAACCACCAACAUAUGAUAACGGUCACUACAAGUAUCCCGCUUGGGCACAUGGAAUCGGAUGGAGUUUUGCGGCAGCUUCACUUGGCUGCAUUCCAGUAUUUGCUGUGAUAUCAAUAAUCCGUGGCGAAGGCGAUACACUAUUUCAAAAAAUACGAAGCGCAAUUCAACCAAAUAUAUACGAAUGUAAAUUUUGUGGCGAACAUCAUUGUGAUCAGCAUGAUUCGCCUGACAUGCAGAGUGUACAAGAAAUGCUCACUAUGUAUCCGCAACAAACGCAACCCAGUAUCGUGUUACAAGCACCGCCACCCAAUCGUAAAGCAGCUUAUCCACAAAAAUACGACGUCGAAAAGAAGUCUCAGUUACAAAAUUAGGAGAAAAAAAUAGAAAGAAAAAAAAAACAAUACAUAUUCGUUGAAUGUUCAAAUGCAUUAGUUGUACUGAAUUUAAAAGAAAAUCAUGUUGUUACCAAAAA